AUUGUACAACACAAUCCCCAGUCAUAGGCGAUUGGAUAGUCUGGCUGUCUGUUUGGUAGUGCUUGUUUGUAAAGACCAUAUCCAUCUCAAAUGGCUGCAUUCACCUUUAUGGGUUCAUCUACUUCUAAAACUCACUUGAACAUGAGAGGAAAUAUUUUAACAGCCUCUGUGAUUUUGAUGUCUUUGUUUUUUUUGGGACAAACACUUGAGUGCUUUCGGUGUGAUCUUGGAUUCUGGGAUCUGUGUUACACUACAAAGACAAACUGCAGUGAGAAUGAGUUGUGUUAUGUGGGAACUGGUAAAGCAGCUUCUGUCCUGGAUAUAAAGGUGAUGGGUUGUCUUCCCAUGGAGGCAUGCAACAUGACAACAUAUGUAGAGUUUCUUACCAACAAGACCUUGUACACCAUGAAGACCACGUGUUGUGAGGAAGACUUCUGCAACUCUGCCCCCGCAGUUCAGUUGUCCAUCGCUCCUCUCUUGCUCACCAUCCUUCUCCUUGCCCAGAUGAUGGGUGUGUUUUGAUGUGUUUUUUUUUUUUUUUCAACUUCACAAUUAUAAUUGUAAUAAGGGAUCGAAUGCUUUUUCAUGUGUACACUUGUUCACGUAGGCUCCUAUUACUGUUCAUUUUACUGUGUUGAAUCAUCUAAAACAGCCUGCCUUCAUGCCAGAGCACGUUUGGAUAGUCUUUCCUAACCA